AUGUCUCUCGGUUCUGUUCUCGUUACCGGUGGAACGGGCUAUAUCGGCUCCUUCACGGCUCUCGCCCUCCUCGAGGCUGGCUACAAGGUUGUUAUUACUGACAACCUGUACAACUCGUCCGCUGAAGUCAUCAACCGCAUUGAAUUGAUCUGCGGCAAGAAGCCCGAGUUCGUCCAGGCCGACAUCACCGACCCGACUGCUUUCGACAAGGUGUUUGCUGCCUACCCCGACAUUGACAGCGUCAUUCACUUUGCUGCUCUUAAGGCCGUCGGCGAGUCUGGCGAAAAACCUCUCGAUUACUACCUCGUCAAUGUCUACGGCACCAUCAACCUCCUCCGCUCCAUGCAAAAACACAAUGUCUACAACAUUGUCUUCUCCAGCUCCGCCACCGUCUACGGCGAUGCGACUCGUUUCCCCAAUAUGAUCCCCAUCCCCGAAGACUGCCCCCUGGGCCCCACCAACCCUUACGGAAACACCAAGUUCACCGUUGAGACUGCCAUCACCGACUUUAUCAACGCUCAGCGCAACAACCUCACCAAGGAGGGUAAGACCGAGGAAGCCUCCAAGUGGAACGCUGCUCUGUUGCGUUACUUCAACCCCGCUGGUGCUCACCCCAGUGGUAUUAUGGGUGAGGACCCUCAGGGUGUUCCUUAUAACUUGCUCCCUCUGUUGGCGCAGGUUGCUGUUGGCAAGCGCGAGAAGCUUCUCGUGUUCGGUGAUGACUACGACUCCCGCGACGGAACCGCUAUCCGUGACUACAUCCACAUCCUCGAUCUCUCCAACGGCCACUUGCUCGCCCUCAACUACCUCCGCUCCAACCACCCCGGCGUUCGUGCCUGGAACUUGGGUACCGGACGUGGCAGUACUGUCUACGAAAUGAUCAAAGCCUUCUCUACUGCUGUUGGCCGCGACUUGCCCUACGAAGUUGCCCCCCGCCGUGCCGGUGACGUCUUGAAUUUGACCUCUAACCCUACCCGCGCUGGUAAGGAGCUUAACUGGAAGACUGAGCGCACGCUUGAGCAGGCCUGUGAGGAUCUUUGGCUCUGGACCAAGAAUAAUCCUCAGGGAUACCGUCAGCAGCCCCCCGCUGAGUUGCUUGCGGCUUUGAAGAAGUAG